GCAUCUCCGAACUCAGAGAAAGUUCGGAAACUUGGAAUGAGCUUAGAGAAUUAGUCGUGUAUUCUAUCAUGUCUAAUCUAAGUGUAACUCCAAAUAAGAUCCGGAAGGUCGACCCCGUUGACGGAGCACAAAAUUCGCAUUCCGAUCAGCAAGAAACUAUUGAAGAAAUCAAUGCUGUGCAGAAUCAAAUCGACGCGCUAAAUGAGCAAGCGUCCGAGGAGAUUUUAAAAGUUGAGCAGAAGUACAACCGACUUCGAAAACCACACUUUGAGCAGAGAACAGACCUCACGAAAAAGAUACCAAACUUCUGGAUGACGGUUUUCAUAAAUCAUCCACAGAUGCAGUUGUAUAUAGAUGAGGAAGACGAGGAAGCUUUGCAGUACAUGACAUCCUUAGAAGUUGAAGAGUUUGAAGAUAUUAAGUCUGGUUACAGAAUAAAAUUUGGGUUUGCAGAGAAUCCAUAUUUUACAAAUGAAGUGCUCUUUAAGGAAGUUAUUGUCAAUGAACAUGGCCAUCAGUUAUCUAGGGCGACUCCUAUAAAGUGGAAAGGAGGAAUGGACCUUACUGAGCGAUACAGGAGACAGAGAAGAACUAAACUAGAAAUAAUGAAAGGCGAAGAACCACAAACCUUUUUUAGAUGGUUCACAAAUCAAGAGUCUGGAGAUGAGUUAGGAGACACAAUUAAAGAUGACAUAUGGCCAAACCCAUUGCAGUAUUUCUUGGGUUCCACAAGUGGAAUUCAGGAAGAGGAUGAGGAAGAUGAUGAUGAUGUUGAGGAUGAUGAGUCAGAAGAUCAGGAUGAUGUAGUAGUAGUGGAGGAAGAAGAUGAAGAUGAUUUGGGUGAUGAGGGGGAAGGAGAAGACGAAGAAGAAGAAGAGGAUGAUGAUGAUGAAGAUGAAGAAGAGGAAGAAGUGGUUGUUGAAGAGGGAGAAGAAGAAGAAUUGGCAGAAGGAGAGGAGGGGGAGACACCUGUUGUGUAUGAGCUGGAGGAAGAGGAUGAAGAUGGUGAUGAGGAAGCAGAGCAGGGGGAGGAAGCCAUUCUCGAAGGAGAGGAAGACGAUGAGGAGGAUGAGGAAGAAGAUGAAGGAGUUGAACAAGAGGAUGAUGACGAGGCAGACGAAGGAGAAGACGAUGACGCCGAAGAAGAUGAUGAGAGCAAGACAGAGGAAUAACAGAGUUCCAUUUUUAUCUUUGUGUAAUUAAGAUAUCGUGUUCAAGUCAUCUACUAAAUUGUGGAUAUUUCUCCUUGACGCUCAACUGCUGAAACAUUCAACUUUCUCCCCUAUUGAACUUACACCGUGAGUUUGCUUUCCAGACAAUCAACGACUUAUUGUUUUACAAAAUUCCUAUUUUUAUAUGCGCUUUAUCAAUUCAGUGGUUUUCAUUCACAGGUUUGCGUGACUCAUUGCUCGAUGCCCAGUAUCACAAAUGCGUGUCUCGCAAUCCUUUAGUAGGUGUGUCGGAUGGCGGACAGUCGCUCCACUUCUAUUUCUAAAAUUCAUUGUUCCAAUGACGAAAAGUUAUCCUUGUUCGAGAACAGUCAGUUACAUUCUUCGAGCAAUGGAUCGCUGAUUUCUGAUUGUUCAUCCAGAGUAAAUAACCUCUUGUAGAUAGCAGUUGAUUAUCGAAGAUAUGUGUGUAAUCCAAGAGAAGGGGUUAGUUUCUAAAGAAACUGUUGUGCUGCGUCGGAGGGCGAGUAUAACAGGAUAAUUGGAUAUUGUCAACUGAGUUGAUAACGUAAAUUGGCCUCCGUAAAGAGUUUCAAAGCUAAUGCUUGAAACGUCAACUUUGAAACUCUUUAGGGUGGCCAAUUUACAUUAUCAACUCCGUUGAUAAUGCCAAAUUACCCUGUUAAUCAAAAGGAAAUAUACGUUUCUCUUAGCAGUUGUAUGUUCUCCCAGGGCUAUGCAUGUAUUUCUAAAGUUCUUAACGUUAUCCUAGAAGAAACAUGUGGACAUGCGUAGUCCUAAAUUUGUGACGUAAUGUGCUUACAACACUUAGGUAAUUUGGAAGUUCCUUCAGAGGAAGGCGUUUUUAAGUUAGUAGGUGCUAUCGUGUCAUUAUUUACCCAAACGUUCAGCCUGAGCGACAGUCAUUUGAUAUAGUGUUGCUGUAACGGUUCUUGUAAAAUUGUAUCUACUUCAAGUCACUAAGUUCUCUCACGCGCAAAUAAACUCGAAAGCCACUCUGGAGGUAGAGCAAAUGUAGGAAAACGCUCGAAUAAAUGGCGAGAACAGAUUAACAGAGGGACGCCGAAAAAAUCGGGGAAAUGCAACUGGCAAGCACUAGAAAAUUGUUAGGCUGAACCCACUCGGUGGUCAUUGUGAACAUUGUAACGACUCAGUGACGUACCCUCAGGUUGUAAGAACCAAGUUGUCUUGCACGAGUUACAAACAACCGUAUAACUGAGCCAUUAAGUCUGGGUGUUUUAAAAGCGUUUAACUUUUUUGUUGAAGCCCAAAACCGAAUGGUAAUGAACACAAUACUUAUACUUGAAAAGCUUUGUGUUUGAAAAGUCUCGAGGUUUCCUUUUCCCUACUUUUGUUUCCUUUGAAAGAUUUUAAGAAGCGAAAGCAGUUGUUUCUUAUGUUUUCCUUUGAAGUUUUACGCAUGAAAUAGGUGCACGGCUGGCGAGAAGUGAUCCCUUCACGCAUGCCCGACGUUUGACCGCUGUGUUAGCUUAAUCUUGCUUUAAAUUAGUCCGUAAAUUAUCUGAUUUGUUAGAGACCACUGGGUUUCUGCUAUCAAUGUUCGUAGUCACUCCAGGCAUUCGAAGUUCGUUUGCCAGCCGUAAAAUUUGUCAGACUCGAUUUAUAAUUAGCACAUCCCCCUUAAAAAGCUUCAUAAAAAGGGAUGAGUUUUACGUUUGCCAAUUUUCAGAAAUUAGUUUGAGAUGUACGAUAAAAAAUAUUCCUUUGUUCUUUCAAAGGUGUUGCUACCCGACCUUUCGUCUGAAGCCUUUGCGAUAAACCGUGCAGGUGCUAAAGGUGCUGUUACGAACAUUGAAGUUCGUAACAGAAAUCUCAGUCUUCCAAUCAGACUUUAGCACCUGCAUCAUGUGAUUGCCCUAAUUUAUAGCAAACUGUAUAUCAUUUGAUUGAAAUAAAGGGUUUUAAAUAA